AUGGCAAGAGAGCAGUUAAUGCUUGUGGGUGCUGGUAUAGCUGGUGGCAGUGCUAUAGGUGGUGCACCUUGUAGUUGUGUGGGUGGUCGUUGUGCUGAGGGUGUUGGUGUUGGUGUUGGUGGUAGAGUAGGUGGUCGUGCCACCGGUGUUGGCGGCAUGGGUGGUGGUGGGGUGGGUGGCGGUGGUGUGGGCGGUGGUGGUUUGGGUGGGGGUGGUUUGGGUGGUGGUGGUGUGGGUGGUGGUGGUGGGUGUGAUGGAGGUGGGGGUGAUGGUGGGGUGGUGGUGGCUUGGGUGGUGGUGGUUUGGGUGGCGGUGGCUUGGGUGGUGGUGGCUUGGGUGGGGGUGGUGGCGGUGGUGGUGGUGGUGGUGGCGGUGGUGGCGGCAGUGGUGCUGGCCGCCGUGGUGGUGGUGGCCGUGGUGGGAUUAGGUCUCUCAGCGGCCAUGCACCAGCCCACUGUGCACGAUACCAAGCAGGCAUUCCCGGUAUACCCGGUGGAAAAGGGGUCCCAUGGACCGCUGGUUCCUGAGGGCCCUUGUAGAGUGUAG